UUUGCAACAAAGUAUGCUUUAAAAUGUAAACCGUGGAGGCAUUUUCCUUGCGUUGUCCAGAAGGAACUUUGUCCUGCGUGAGCCUGGAUUAAUCAUGAGAGAGCUCGUCAACAUUCCACUGGUACACAUUCUUACUCUGGUUGCCUUCAGCGGAACUGAGAAACUUCCAAAAGCUCCUGUCAUCACCACUCCUCUUGAAACUGUGGAUGCCUUAGUUGAAGAAGUGGCUACUUUCAUGUGUGCAGUGGAAUCCUACCCCCAGCCUGAGAUUUCCUGGACCAGAAAUAAAAUUCUCAUUAAGCUCUUUGACACCCGGUACAGCAUCCGGGAGAAUGGUCAGCUCCUCACCAUCCUGAGUGUGGAAGACAGUGAUGAUGGCAUUUACUGCUGCACGGCCAACAAUGGUGUGGGAGGAGCUGUGGAGAGUUGUGGAGCCCUGCAAGUGAAGAUGAAACCUAAAAUAACUCGUCCUCCCAUAAAUGUGAAAAUAAUAGAGGGAUUAAAAGCAGUCCUACCAUGUACUACAAUGGGUAAUCCCAAACCAUCAGUGUCUUGGAUAAAGGGAGACAGCCCUCUCAGGGUAAGUGGUUAUGAUGUUAAAACAUAUCCCAGAUUCAACACCACUGACUUCACAGCAGGGCCUGAAAGUGAACCUGAACAAGAUACUAAAGUUUUUGCCAGGAUCCUGCGGGCUCCUGAAUCCCACAAUGUCACCUUUGGCUCCUUUGUGACCCUGCACUGUACAGCAACAGGCAUUCCUGUCCCCACCAUCACCUGGAUUGAAAACGGAAAUGCUGUUUCUUCUGGGUCCAUUCAAGAGAGUGUAAAAGACCGAGUGAUUGACUCAAGACUGCAGCUGUUUAUCACCAAGCCAGGACUCUACACAUGCAUAGCUACCAAUAAGCAUGGGGAGAAGUUCAGUACUGCCAAGGCUGCAGCCACUAUCAGCAUAGCAGAAUGGAGUAAACCACAGAAAGAUAACAAAGGCUACUGCGCCCAGUAUAGAGGGGAGGUGUGUAAUGCAGUCCUGGCAAAAGACGCUCUUGUUUUUCUCAACACCUCCUAUGCGGACCCUGAGGAGGCCCAAGAGCUGCUGGUCCACACGGCCUGGAAUGAACUGAAAGUAGUGAGCCCACUCUGCAGGCCAGCUGCUGAGGCUUUGUUGUGUAACCACGUCUUCCAGGAGUGCAGUCCUGGAGUAGUGCCGACUCCUAUUCCCAUUUGCAGAGAGUACUGCUUGGCAGUAAAGGAGCUCUUCUGUGCAAAAGAAUGGCUGGCAAUGGAAGAGAAGACCCACAGAGGACUCUACAGAUCUGAGAUGCAGUUGCUGUCGGUGCCAGAAUGCAGCAAGCUUCCCAGCAUGCACUGGGACCCUACAGCCUGUGCCAGACUGCCACAUUUAGAUUAUAACAAAGAAAACCCAAAAACAUUCCCACCAAUGACAUCCUCAAAGCCAAGUGUGGACAUUCCAAAUUUGCCUUCCUCCUCCUCUUCUUCCUUCUCUGUCUCACCUACAUACUCCAUGACUGUAAUAAUCUCCAUCAUGUCCAGCUUUGCAAUAUUUGCGCUUCUUACCAUAACUACUCUCUAUUGCUGCCGAAGAAGAAAACAGUGGAAAAAUAAGAAAAGAGAAUCAGCAGCAGUAACCCUCACCACACUGCCUUCUGAGCUCUUACUAGAUAGACUUCAUCCCAACCCCAUGUACCAGAGGAUGCCGCUCCUUCUGAACCCCAAAUUGCUCAGCCUGGAGUAUCCAAGAAAUAACAUUGAAUAUGUGAGAGACAUUGGAGAGGGAGCGUUUGGAAGGGUGUUUCAAGCAAGGGCACCAGGUUUACUUCCCUAUGAACCUUUCACUAUGGUGGCAGUAAAGAUGCUCAAGGAAGAAGCCUCGGCAGAUAUGCAAGCGGAUUUUCAGAGGGAGGCAGCCCUCAUGGCAGAAUUUGACAACCCUAACAUUGUGAAGCUCUUAGGCGUGUGUGCUGUCGGGAAGCCAAUGUGCCUGCUCUUUGAAUACAUGGCCUAUGGUGAUCUCAAUGAGUUCCUCCGCAGCAUGUCCCCUCACACCGUGUGCAGCCUCAGUCACAGUGACUUGUCUAUGAGGGCCCAGGUCUCCAGCCCUGGACCCCCACCCCUCUCCUGUGCUGAGCAGCUUUGCAUUGCCAGGCAAGUGGCAGCUGGUAUGGCUUACCUCUCAGAACGUAAGUUUGUUCACCGAGAUUUAGCCACCAGGAACUGUCUGGUGGGCGAGAACAUGGUGGUAAAAAUUGCCGACUUUGGCCUCUCCAGGAACAUCUACUCAGCAGACUACUACAAAGCUAAUGAAAACGACGCUAUCCCUAUCCGUUGGAUGCCACCAGAGUCCAUUUUUUAUAACCGCUACACUACAGAGUCUGAUGUGUGGGCCUACGGCGUGGUCCUCUGGGAGAUCUUCUCCUAUGGCCUGCAGCCCUACUAUGGGAUGGCCCAUGAGGAGGUCAUUUACUACGUGCGAGAUGGCAACAUCCUCUCCUGCCCUGAGAACUGCCCCGUGGAGCUGUACAAUCUCAUGCGUCUAUGUUGGAGCAAGCUGCCUGCAGACAGACCCAGUUUCACCAGUAUUCACCGAAUUCUGGAACGCAUGUGUGAGAGGGCAGAGGGAACUGUGAGUGUCUAA